AUAAUAAUAAAGUUCGAUCACGCUGGCUGCGCCGCGCGCGUUAUCAUAUAUAAAUCGAGGGAAUCGGGGGAUCUUCCGCCGAUUCAACGAUCCUCCCUGGAUCCAAACGAACAGACGAAAAAAGCACAAUUUGACUUGGUGUCAGCCAUGGCAUCUAGCGACGACUACAAAUUCCUACUAAGCUGUUUGAUGAACCAUACUGGGAAGAUCGAUUUCGAAGCCGUAGCCAGGGACACUGGGUAUACGAAUCCGCGCUCCGCAUCCAAUAGACUAGCUUCCAUAAAGAAGAACCAUGCUGCCGCCAUGGCCGCCGCCGCGGCCUCCGGAACGAGUUCCUUGACGGCAUCUAGCUCCAAAGAGCAACCGCUGGCAAUACCCGCCGUGCCUCCGCCACAAGCGCAAAGUGCUGCCGAGAAGUCGGCCGCAAAGCGCCGGAUGAGCAAGAAAGCGAAGAGAGGGCGCGAGGGAGAAGGUGGUGGUGAUGGUGGGGAUGAUGGGGACCCGGAAGUCGUCAAGGGUUCCAAGAAGAGGAAGGGAACUACAACUGGGGAUGAUGAGGAUACUUAGUCUUUGGCAAAAACUGAGGCUGGAGAUUUUAUGGAUGGGGCGAUACUCGUGUGGUUGUUCGUGGUGGCGGUGGGGGCAAUAAGUGGAUGGGGCUGGGAAAAUUAUUCUGAAUUGGGAGGUUUUUUUUCUUUCUUUCUUUUUUUUUUUUUGGUGGGGGACCCUUAACGAUACGCGAUAUACGUACGUACAGUACAUUUACUACACCUAUGGGAUCUUUUUGUUUAUUUGUAGGUUUUCGUUUUACGUUACAGGUGUUCAGUUCAGCUGCAGUAAUAUAAAUUACCCAAUUGCUUUUAAA